ACACAAUAAGCGUUCAAUCAAGUAUCUGACCCAAUACAACCCCCCACCCCCUCCAGGAAAACGACCAUAUGGAGGACAUGGAAGAAGACGACAUUGCAGCCGCCAUGGGCUUCUCGUCCUUCGGUGGCACUAAGAAGCGAAAGUACGACCAGACAAAUUCCCCCAAAGCAAGAGCCGAUGCAAGCGGGGCCAACACAACACUUCUGGGUGUAAGGUCCAAGGUCAAGCUGGAUCCUUCGCAAGAAGCAUCCGAUAACGGCGCCGAUCCCGAAGCCAGCAGCUAUGGUAUCGAGUCACAGCAGGCGUUGGCUAAGAACAAAACCAAAGAAAAGCAAGAGCAGCCCGCCGCCACUGGCCUUGCGGCAUUUUUGUCAAGGGGCCAGGAUAUUCCAGGACGGCCUGCUACAGAAGAGAACCGGGUUGUUGUGCCCCCACACGAUGAUGACUCCAGCGCCUCGUUCACGGUGUCCUUUGGCGGUCCGCCGAUUCCUCAAGCUGAGCUGGCUGCUCUUCGAAAUGGUGUGGUAGACGAGAACGGCGACAAGGCUUAUUUCCUCCCUAGCUUUGUGGAAGAUCCCUGGGAGAAGCUACCCAGCGGAAGUAAAUGAGGCAUUUCAAAUCUUACUUACGGCGUGUCAAAUCUGUAGCAAUUGUCCAUCUGAUCCAACGACAAUCACUCAUCGGACUGCGUGCCUCUGCGGGGACUGAUAGCGCAAGCACAUUAAUUGAGACUCGCUCAACAAGACUG